AUGUCCCAAGUCACCACGCAGACCGAGAGCGCCGAGGCGAACGCUCUCGUGAUCAAGCUCCAGAAUGGCCAAACCUUGCACGUCGAGUCCAACGAAGCCAUUGACGCCGACGAGAUCCCCAUCAUCGAUGUCGCGGGCAUCUACAGCGACAAGUUGGAGGACCGACAGGCCGUGGCGGACAAGGUCCGAGAAGCCGCCCAUCGUAUCGGGUUCUUCUACGUGAUCAACCACGGCUUCGACGCCAAAUUAACAGACGGAGUCUUCGAGCAAGCCAAACGCUUCUUCAAGCUCCCCAUGGAAAAGAAACUGGAGGUCGACACGAACCUCGUGCCGAAAGAGUACGUCGGCUACCACGCCAUGGCAAGCUACAACAAAGCCAGCAGAAAGCACAACGACCUCAGCGAAGCAUUCAACUUUGCCUACUCUGCCGAACAAGACCCGCUGAACCCGGACACGGACGCGGGCGUGUCGAUCUGGCCUCGCGACCUGCCGGGAUUCAAGGAAGGUCUGUACGCGUACCACACGCCGAUGCUGCAGUUCGCGCGCAAGAUGACGCAGAUCUUCGCGCUGGCCCUGCACCUGCCGGAGACGUACUUUGACGAGUGGACGCGGCGGCCCGAGGCCGGCAUGCGCAUCCUGCACUACCCGGAGCAGGCGGCCUCGGCCGACGACCAGAACGGCAUCGGCGCGCACACGGACUUUGAAUGCUUCACCGUCGUCAACCAGGACAUGUCCGGCGGGCUGGAGGUGCUGUCGAAGUCCGGGCGGUGGAUCCGCGCGAGGCCCGUUCCCGGUUCCUUCGUCGUCAACAUCGCCGAUUGCUUCAUGAGGCAGACCAACGAUUACUUUGUCAGCACCGUGCACCGCGUCAUCAACAAGUCCGGCCGCGAACGGUACAGUAUCCCCUUCUUUUACGGCUUGGACAGGCGCAUGCCCUUGCUGCCCAUCCCGAGUUGUGUCUCGGAGGAGAGGCCGGCCAAGUACGAGGUCAUGACCGCGGGGGAAUAUUAUCUGUGGAGGGCGAAGCGGGCGAAGCAGGGUGAUAAGGCCGAGGAGUGA